UUAAUAAAUAAAUAAAAAAUUAGAAACACGCACAGCGGUUUGUUUUGCUGUGAGAGGGAUGAGAGAGUUCAUAAUCCUCAGCUACUUCUCUUAUUCUUCUUCUUCCUCCAUUGCCACUCUUCCGAAUCCCCAUGCCGCCAACAACCACCACUCCACCAGACCCUACAAAGACAACACCAACAAACCCUUAUCCCUCCCUCCCUCCAAAUCCUCCCCUCCAAUCUCCACCCUCCAUUCCCGCCCCCCUCCCCUCUCCGCCGUCCGCUGGGACCCCAACAAAACCCACCUCUGCUACUUCGCCGACCUCGCCUCAAAACUCGCCCGUGACGGAAAGCUUCAGGAUUUCGCCAUGAUUGUCGAAAGCGUCGUGCUUUCGGGCGUCAGGGGAUCCGAGUUCACGGCGGCGCUCAGGGUUGAGUUGGUGGCGAAGGGCAUUUCGGGGUUUUUGAAAGAGGGGAAGGUGGGGGUCGUUGUUGAUGUGCUGAGUAAGGUUGAUGAGCUCGGGGUUCCACCGUUGAAGCUGUUUGAUGGGUACGCUAUGGAGUUGCUGGGGAGACAGUGUCGCCGGCUUUUGAAAUGUGGGCAAGUGCAGGAACUUGUUGAGCUCAUGGACGUUCUUCAAGGUUUUCAUUUCCCGAUCAAAGAACUGCUGGAGCCAUAUGAAGUUAUCAAAGUUUGUGUUGAUAAACACUGCCCGAAAUUGGCAAUAAGGUAUGCUUGUAUUUUUCCACAUGCGCAUAUUUUAUUCUGCAACAUUAUGAAUGAAUUUGGAAAGAGAAGGGCGUUGGAGUCUGCUUUGACAGCAUAUGAAGCAUCCAAGGAAAACCUGAGUGGUUCUAAUAUGUAUGUCUAUCGCACAAUAAUUGAUGUAUGUGGCAUCUGCAAAGACUACAUGAAAUCUAGGUACAUCUAUGAGGACUUGCUCAAACAGAAGGUCACUCCGAAUAUUUAUGUUUUCAACAGUCUCAUGAAUGUAAACGCACAUGAUUUGACCUACACAUUCCAUGUUUACAGGAGUAUGAAGAAUCUUGGCGUCAGAGCAGAUAUGGCAUGUUAUAAUAUCCUCUUAAAGGCAUGUUGUCUUGCUGGGCGAGUUGAUUUGGCACAGGAUAUUUACAGAGAAGUACAGCAUUUGGAAUCAACGGGAGUGUUGAAGUUGGAUGUCUUCACGUACAGCACUAUUGUAAAGGUCUUUUCAGAUGCAAAAUUGUGGCACAUGGCUCUAAAAGUCAAAGAAGACAUGCUAUCUGCAGGUGUUAUGCCUAAUACAGUUACGUGGUCAUCAUUGAUCAGCGCCUGUGCAAAUGCAGGUCUUGUUGAGAAGGCAAUUCAAUUGUUUGAAGAGAUGCUUCUGGCUGGCUCUGAACCUAAUUCACAGUGUUUUAACAUCCUUCUACAUGCUUGUGUCGAGGCUUGCCAGUAUGAUAGGGCUUUUCGGCUUUUCCAGUCUUUGAAGAGCAAAAACUACAAAGGGCUUUCUUUCAAACCCACAACUACAACGUACAAUACUAUGAUGAAGGCCUGUGGUACUGACUACUACCAUGCACAAGCACUAAUGGAUGAGAUGAGAACAAUAGGUCUUUAUCCUAAUCAAAUAAGCUGGUCGAUUUUGGCUGAUAUCUGCGGAAGCUCAGGAAAUGUCGAUGGUGCUUUGCAGAUUUUGACAAAUAUGCGUGCAGGUGGGAUGAAACCUGAUGUUGUUGCAUAUACUACAGCUAUCAAGGUCUGUGUGGAAGGUGGAAAUUUAGAGCUAGCAUUGUCGCUGUUUGCAGAAAUGAAAAAAUAUCAGAUACGCCCAAAUUUUGUGACAUAUAAUACAAUUCUGAGGGCUCGUAGUAGAUACGGUUCUGUGAGCGAAGUGCAACAAUGCCUGGCUAUAUACCGGGACAUGCGGAAUGCGGGUUACAAAUCUAACGAUCGUUUCCUAGAGCAACUGAUUGAGGAGUGGUGUGAAGGAGUUAUACAAGACAGCAAUGCCAAACAAGGAGAGUUCAGUUCCCAUGACAAAACUGACAUAGGGAGACCUGGAAGUCUGCUGCUUGAAAAAGUUGCAGAACACUUGCAAAAGCAUACUGCCGAAACCUUAGCAGUUGACCUUCAAGGACUGACAAAGGUUGAAGCUCGGAUUGUUCUUCUUGCAGUUCUACGAAUGAUCAAAGAGAACUACAGCUCAGGGCAUUCAGUAAAAGAAGACAUGCUGAUUGUUGUAGGAGUCCACGAUGUUGAUGGAGGCUCAACUACACAGAAUUUAGAGGUGAAAGAUGCAAUAACGAAACUUCUGCAGGAUGAAUUGGGGCUCAAGGUUGUUGCAACAGGACCGAAAACGGGACUUGAUACGACAAUAGAAGCGGAGAACAUUACUGAUUCAGAUCAAGAUUCAGAAGAGAUGACAAGUAGGAAUGAAUUAACGACUGACUUGACAUAUUCCACUAGACGACCCGUUGCACUAGAAAGGCUAAAGGUAACCAGGGGAUCGUUGCUACAGUGGCUGCGGAAAAGAAGUGCCCCAAGAAGGUGACUGCUUCAAUGUAUGAAUUCAAACUUGUACAUGUUACUAAAACAACCGAUAAUUAUUCUUUUUUACUUGUGUAUACUGGUACCGCUGAAUAAGCCUGUACUGCACUGGUGUCACAUGUAAAUUAUACACAACGGGCAAAUGUAAUUUGCAGAAGCAAUGAAAAUAAGCUUAUUAUCCUUCA